ACCGCAUUGUGCACGGAGUCGACGCAUUGGGGGCGGCGCGACGCCGCACCACUGCGCAACGCAUCGUAGACCGCCGCAUCGCAUCGACGUACGUCGCCGCAUAACAUGUGUUCCUGUUGUGGGGAAAAUGUAACCCUACGCGUUUCGAAUUAUCCUUAAUAUAUGUUUAUAUCCUUAAUAAUGCUCUUUGUGCGCCGCCUGCCUGGCUUUUUCUACUAUCACAGAUUCACCAUCGUCUCGUGUCUGUUCGUCCUGCUAACACUAUUUUAUUUCCUGAUCCGCUGGAACUUUAUCUGCACAAACGCGCAAGCAUGGAUGCACGUCAAACGCAUGUGCGAACUCUAUGCUGCUGGCAGAGCGAUUGGUUCGGUUUGUGCCCCGUUGUGUACAAACGACGCGAUAAAUAACAUCAACUGUCACUCAUUUCGCUCAACCAAAGAGGCGGUAUUCAGUGGAGAAUGGCACAAAACACGCUUGGUCUUCAAAACCGCAGCAUCAGAGGUGCAUGAUCUGCAUUGGCAUGAUAAUGGCGUCGUGAAAUAUCCCACCGAAGCGGAAUUCCUGUCAACUGUUCGCGCCAUAGUCCGAAACAAAUUCAAUAUCACGAUUUCAAAGGAUACCGCACAACGUCUCAGUCGUUUGAAGCCAAUGUAUAUUGAAACAGACGUUAAGAAACGCCAGCAGGAAUUGGAAAACAUUUGGAUGUUAAUCCAGGAUAACGAAUAUCUGUUAUCAGCCAUUUUUUCAGAGCGCGACAUCUUCCCGCAAUUGCUAGGCACCUGUGGUCCAUAUUUUGCUGUGGAAUACCUCGAACCCAUUCAAGGACUCUCUUCGUUUCUAACAUUUGAAGAAAACAAAGAAGAAUGGGCCAUCCGAUUACGCACAGCAAUCCAAAUCGUGGAAUUGAUAGAAGAAUUAGAGAACAGUUUUCAGGAACCAUUCCACCUGUGUGACAUCAAACUAGAACACUUCGGCGUUGUCAAAGAAGGUUCCCGAAUGAAAUUCAUCGAUUUGGUGGGCGUCUUUCCAAGAUCAGCAAUAAACAGCAUAAUCAAAGAACUGAACGCGUGUGAUGUUGAUGACGACUGUGAGUUUUUCGACUGUCGGUCAACUUGCGACGUGAAGACGCAUCGAUGCUCUAAUCAGGUAACCAACAGCAAUCUGCAAAUUGUCUGCGAAAAAAUCUUUCUUGGAUGGCGGAUGUCCAAUACGGUUAUGAUUCCUGGUCUUUUAAUGACGCCGCAUACCCCUGCGGAGUUGGCGUCCAUUUUAAGACAGUGUGCAAACCCGAGCAGUGAGUUUGGCAAGUCGCGGAUGGCACCCGACGAGGAAAUCAAGAAGCGCUUGUAUAAUAUCUUGAUCGAGAUCGAGCAGAGCGUCACGAAUGACUUUUACAUGAGUUAACUGCGCUUUCCUCACAUUUCGACAAUCCAUCCAGUCAAUGCACGCACACUACCUAGAUAUAGAACAUUUUUGCAUGCAGUUGCAAAUAACAAUGCUGUUUGAAUAAUUGCGAAGUAAACAAACAAAAUGGCCGACUCGACGUAUCGAAACAAUCAAAAGUAACCACGUCGGCAACAAUUCACCGUAAUGUAAGUAGGUACCUAUUGCAAAUUGUGAUUCACAUAAUAAACUCGUUGAUUAUUACAUUA